GCUUCCGUGCCUACUCGCGUCUUGGUUCGAGAUGCUCAUCUUCGUCUUCAACAACCCAAACUCGCCAACAUCACCGGUAUUACCAUUGCCUCAGGGCUACUCUCUCCUCCCCUGCCAAACUUUUCACUCCACCCCUAUGCCUACACCGAUUCAACGAUCUCUAGCGACACAUUCCCGUGAUGCCCGGCCUCUCUCGGCCACCCACCGUCCGCUUCCAAGAUGAGGUCCGCACCUUCAUCGCCUUUGGCCUCGUCGGCGCCGUCAACUCUAUCCUCCCCCUAAUCGUCUUCUCCGCCAACUACCUCAUCAUCCCCUUCCCCCGAGCCGUCGUCACAAUACUCGAAAUCCUCCCGGCCCUCCUAAUAAAACUCAUCCUCCCCCCGCUUCUCCGCCACGUCAACAUCUCGUACCGGCUACGGCCCCUCCUCCUAGCCAGCUGCUGGGUCCUCACCCGCAUCGUCACAGCCGCCACUCCACCCAACGUCCCGCCCGCCCCCCGCAUCCUCAUGACCCUGCUCGCUUCCGCCGCCUCCGCCGCCACCGACGUCUCCUGCCUCGGCCAGCUCCGCCACUACGGCCUCGCCGGCCUCGCAGGCUGGGGCGUCGGCACCGGCACCGGCCGUCUCCUGUGCGCCCUCUUCCCCCUCGCCGUCACCGUCUGGCAGGGCCGCCAACUCCGCCAAGCCAUCGAGCACAUCCUCCCCCUGACCGCCGUAAUGCUCGUCGCCUUCCUCCUCGUCCUGCCCCGCCCGGCCGUCUACCGCCGCGACCCGGACGACGUGUUGGACGACGACCUACAAGGCGAGCCGGGCGUGUUCCUCCUCCAGCAGGACCCUCGCCUCAACGGAGCCGCUAACGCGCAUCACGCGGGAGGUGCCACCGUAGCUGCCGGCGGCAAGCUGGACGCGCUUUCGAAAAACGUCAAACAAAACAUAGGCCUCACGCGGCCGCUCGUGAAACCUUACAUGACGCCUCUGUUCGUCGCUUUCGUCGUGCAAGCCGUCGUUUACCCAGGCAUAGCGCGAGCCCUGGCCGCGUCCCUCCAACCGGAUUUCUUGCACUACAGUACCGUCUACGGCCUCUUCUUCCACGCCGGCAACCUCCUCGCCCGCUCGUCCGUGCUCUUCUUCCGAAUCCGCCGGCCCCGCUCCCUGCUGAGCCUUCUCCUCGUCGCCCUCGCCUCCGUACUUGUCAACGCCUACUUCCUUAUUUCUGCCUACGCCAUCUUCCUCAUGGCUUUCGUCAUUGGCUUCCUCGUUGGUGCCGUGUACGUCAAUAUCUUCGCCCGGAUUUUGGAGGACGAUAUCUAUGACGCCGACGCACGCGAGUUUGCUCUCGGCGCAGCGAGCGCUGGUGAGGCGGCCGGCUUGUUAUUCGGCGGUAUCGUAGGAACAGUUUUCGAGGCCGCCCUCUGUAGUCUCCCAGUCGAUGGGACAAGGUGGUGUCAUAGAACUAGAUAACAAGGCCCAAUGAGAGGCUCUUGGUUUGUAUAUACGAAGAGGUGCGGUAUGUAAUGGUUUGCGCUUGCGGAAUGGGUAACUAAUCAAUCGCUUGCUUUUUU